GAGCACCGAGCAGCCACCGACGGGCUGAGCCCCUCGCUUCGCUUGGCCGUCGGAUCGAUGGGCGGAGAGCCAUCUGUGAGGUUAGGGCGGCCCGCUGCCUGGGUCAGCCUGCCCAGCCCGUCUGGUAUUGAUUUUGCUCGCUUUGUUCGACGUGCGUUGUUUUAGGGCUCUCUGAACGUUGUGACGAGUCCUUCGUGGCGUAAAGAUGGUUCAGGUGACAAAUUCAUGCAGCUGACUUUGUGCGGUAUGCCCCGCAGGACGCCGCGCGCGGCUCUCGGCUCGGCUCGGCUCCGGCAGCGCGCUGUUUGAACGAUCGUAAACGAGACUAGGGCUUAAAGCCCUUAAACUUCAAGAUGGCCACGCUUUCGCUGAAAAUCAGCAUUGUCGACAAGGAUGUAACGAAGACGAUGAAAUUCGAUCCUUCGACUUCCGUCUUUGAUGCGUGUCGCGUCAUUCGGGAGAAGAUCAGCGAAGCUAACUUUGGGCAACCUCAAGACUAUGGGCUUUUCCUUGCUGAUGAGGAUGUAAAGAAGGGUGUUUGGCUGGAGCCAGGACGUAACUUAGAGUAUUAUAUUCUUCGCAAUGGGGAUUUAUUGGAGUAUCGCAAGAAGCUUCGCACACUUAGAGUAAGAAUGUUAGAUGGUACACUAAAGACUAUGCUAGUAGAUGACAGUCAACCUGUUGCCAACCUUAUGGUUGUCAUUUGCACAAAAAUUGGUAUCACAAACCAUGAUGAGUACAGCCUUGUUAGGGAAAAUAUGGAAGAAGAUACUGAAAAUCAAUCUAAGUUUGGUACAUUAACAUUGAAAAGAAAGAAGGAAGAGAAGGAGCGUGAUGCUAAAAUGGAGCAAUUACGCAAAAAGUUAAAAACAGAUGAUGAAGUGAAUUGGAUUGAUCCUGGCAAAACAUUGCGUGAACAGGGUAUUGAUGAAAGUGAAGCUGUCUUACUUAGACGCAAAUUCUUCUUCUCUGAUCAAAACAUAGAUUCAAGAGAUCCAGUUCAACUUAAUUUGCUUUAUGUUCAAGCUCGUGAUGCCAUUUUAGAUGGUACUCAUCCCGUAACUCAAGAGAAGGCAUGUGAAUUUGCUGGAAUCCAAUGCCACAUUCAGUUUGGUGAUCACAACGAACAAAAGCACAAACCUCCUUUCCUUGAUUUGAAAGAGUUCCUUCCUCAGUCAUAUUGUAAGCAGAAAGGCAUAGAGAAAAAAAUAUUUGCAGAGCAUAGAAACCAUGUUGGUAUUUCAGAACUUGAUGCCAAAGUGCAAUACACUAAAACAGCUCGUGCCCUAAAAACUUAUGGUGUCACCUUCUUUUUGGUGAAAGAGAAAAUGAAAGGCAAGAACAAGCUUGUGCCUCGUCUACUGGGUGUGACUAAGGACUCUGUCCUUCGUUUAGACGAAAGAACCAAAGAGAUUUUAAAAACCUGGCCACUGACCACAGUGCGUCGUUGGGGUGCUUCUCCUAACACAUUCACCUUAGAUUUCGGUGACUACUCAGAUCAGUAUUACUCUGUUCAAACAACUGAAGCAGAACAGAUCCAGCAACUCAUAGCAGGAUACAUUGACAUUAUUUUAAAGAAGAAAAAGUCUAAGGAUCACUUUGGAAUUGAAGGUGAUGAAGGUUCUACCAUGGUGGAGGACAGUGUUUCACCUCUUAAAGCAACUAUUCUCCAGCAUGAAAGCAGUAAAGUGGGAAGAGUAAACACCGAGUCUGUUGCAAAGCCAGCCAUUAUGCGAGCAGGUGCAGAUGGCGAACGACCGUAUGGAACUGGCCAUAUCGGUGGAAUGCAGUACACCACUACAACAGGGCAAAUCAAUGUCGGCCACCAAGCAACAACGCUCCAGCAGGGGCACGUGACCAGCCUACUGUCAGAACCUCAGCAAGCUCUACUUUCUACUAUCAAUACUGGACAAGAUAUAAUUGUCACAGUCGAGAAGGAACUCAUUGAGAGCAUUGAAGUGCCAGACCUGGGCUCCGAUCCUGCCUCAUUGAAAUGGAAGGAGUCGACACUCGACACAAACAAGCAGAACGUGAGCUCUCAGAUCGCGGCCAUGAACGCCGCGACGGCCCAGGUGGUGACGCUGACGGCCGGCCCGCCCGAGGAGGUGGACCACACCGCCGUGGGCGCGGCCAUCACCACCAUCACCAGCAACCUGCCCGAGAUGACCCGCGGCGUGCGGAUGAUCGCCGCGCUCAUGGACGACGAGAAGUCGGGCGACAGUCUGCUGGAGGCGGCCCGCCGGCUGUGCAACGCCUUCAGCGACCUGCUGCGCGCCGCGGAGCCGGAGACCAGAGAGCCGCGCCAGAACUUGCUGAACGCGGCCAGUCGCGUGGGCGAAGCCUCCCACCAGGUGCUCAACAACAUCGGCGACGAGGACGAGUACGGGCGCGAGGUCCAGGACCUGCUGCUCAGCCUGGCCAAGGCGGUGGCCAACACGACGGCCGCCCUGGUCCUCAAGGCCAAGAGCGUGGCGGCGACCUGCCCCGACCAGGGCACCCAGAACCGCGUCAUCGGCGCGGCCACUCAGUGCGCCCUGGCCACAUCCCAGCUUGUGGCGUGCGCCAAGGUGGUGGCGCCCACCUUGUCGUCCCCGGCGUGCCAGCAGCAGCUCCGCGGCGCCGUCCGCGAGGUGGGCCGCUCCGUCGACGGCCUGGUGAGCGUCUGCAACGAGUCGUGCAACGACGAGAGGCUGCUCAGGAGCCUGGCCGAGGCGGCGGCCGAGGUGACGCGCACCCUCAACGAGCUCCUCAACCACAUCAAGUCGGGGACGCGGGAGCAGGCGAGGGAGACGAAGGAGGAGGAUCACGUGGAGACGAUCCUCGUGACGACCGACAAACUUUUCGCGUCGACGGGUGACGCGGGCGAGAUGGUACGCCAGGCGCGCGUUCUCGGCCAGGCCACGGCCCACCUCAUCCAGUCCAUCAAGGGGGAGGCCGAGCGCCAGCCCGACUCAGAGCUGCAGCGCCGCCUGCUGGCCGCGGCCAAGCAGCUGGCCGACGCGACGGCGCGCAUGGUAGAGGCCGCGAGGCAGUGCGCCUCCACGCCGCACGACGCGGCGCGGCAGAACCAGCUGCGGCAGGCUGUCGAGGAGCUGCGCUCGGCCACCAUCACGGCCGCCAGCCCGCAGUACCGCCGCAAGCUCAUCACCAAGCUCGAGUCGGCCGCCAAGCAGGCGGCGUCCUCCGCCACGCAGUGCAUCGCGUCGGCGCAGAGCGUCGCCCCGCACAACGCCAACAAGGCCUCGCAGGAGGAGCUGAUGCUGGACUGCAAGAACAUGGCGGGGCAGGUGCCCCGCCUGGUGGAGGGCGUCAAGGGCACCAUGUCGGCGCCGGACAGCCCGGACCGCCAGCUCGCGCUCAUCAACGCGUCGGAGCAGUUCCUGCAGCCCGGCCACCGCGUGGUGCAGUCCGCGCGCGCCGUCAUGCCCACCGUGAGCGACCAGUCGGCCGCCAUGCAGCUCAACUCGAGCUCGCAGUCGCUGGCCUCGGCCCUGGGCGACCUCCGCUCGGCCGCUGACCGCGCCCGCGAGGCGUGCUCGGGCGCCGAACUGGAGGCGGCCUCGGACCUGAUCCGCUCGCUGCAGGCCGAGCUGCAGACCUUCCGCCGCGCCUCCGAGCGCCACGAGCUGCGGCCCCUCCCCGGUGAGACGGCCGAGACGGCCGCGCUGCAGCUCGGCAGCACCACCAAGAGCGUCAACUUCGCCAUGGCGCAGAUGUUGAGCGCGGCCUCGCAGGGCAACGAGAACUACACGGGCCUCGCCGCCAGGGACACGGCCUCGGCCCUCAAGAACAUGACCAUGGCCGUGCGCGGCGUGGCGUCCACCACCACCGUGCGCGAGACCCAGGAGCGCGUCAUCACCUCGGCCGAGGACGUGAUGCUCCGGUCGCUGCGCCUCGUGGAGGAGGCCCGGCGCUCGCUGCAGAACCAGGACAAUGCCGGCAACAUGGUGGCCAUCGCCAAGGACGUGUCCUUCGCGCUCAACGCGUGCGUCGACUCGCUACCCGGCCAGCGCGACAUCGACACGGCCAUCUCGUCCAUCCACGAGGUGUCGUCGUUCCUGGCCUCCCCCGACCACUUCCCCGCCACCUCCAAGUCGUACGGCCAGCUGCAGCAGGAGCUCAACUCGGCCGCGGCCGUGCUCAAUGAUGCGUCCACAGACGUGGUGCACUCCAUCCACAGCUCCACCGAGCUCGCCACCUCCUCGCGCAACUUUGGAUCGGCCUUCGGUGACGUGGUGAACGUCGGCAUGGAGAUGGCUGGCCAGACCAAAGAGACGGAGACCCAGACCCAGAUCAUCGUGUCGCUGCGGAACGUGUCCAUCACGUCGUCCAAGCUGCUCGUCACCGCCAAGAGCGUCUCGGCCGACCCCAGUGCACCCAACUCCAAGAACCAGCUGACGGCAGCGGCUCGCGCCGUGACGGACAGCAUCAACCACCUCGUCGACGUGUGCACCUCGGCGGCCCCCGGGCAGAAGGAGUGCGACAACGCGGUGCGCAAGAUCCAGUCCAUGAAGCCGCUCCUGGACCACCCCUCGGAGCCCAUCAACGACCUGAGCUACUUCGAGUGUCUGGACGCGUUCAUGGAGAAGUCCAAGAGCCUGGGCGAAGGCAUGACGGGCAUCGCGAACCACGCCAAGCGCUCCGAGCACGAGCAGUUCGGCGAGUCGGUGCGCAACGUGAGCACGCUCAUCUGCGGCCUGGUGGAGGCGUCGGCGCAGGCCGCCUACCUGGUGGCCGUGUCGGACCCCACCAGCGUGGCCGGCAAGCCCGGCAUCGUGGACCAGGCGCAGUUCGCACGCUCGGCGCAGGCCAUCCAGCAGGCGUGCAACUCGCUGACCAGCCCUGCCAGCAGCCAGCAGCAGGUGCUGUCCGCCGCCACCGUCAUCGCCAAGCACACCAGCCUGCUCUGCAACGCGUGUCGCAUGGCCUCGCUCAAGACGUCAAACCCCGUGGCCAAGCGCCACUUCGUGCAGUCGGCCAAGGACGUCGCCAACUCGACGGCCCUGCUCGUCAAGGACAUCAAGGCCCUCGACGUGGACUACAGCGAGGAGAACAGGGAGUCGUGUCUGCACGCCACGCGGCCGCUCCUCGACGCCGUGGACAACCUGUGCACGUUCGCCGGCUCCCCCGAGUUCGCCAGCAGGCCCGCCCGCCUGGGCGCCGCCGCGCACGAGUCGCAAGAGCCCAUCCUGGAGGCGGGCCGCUCCAUCAUCGACGGCUCGUGCAACCUGAUCCAGACCGCCAAGGGCCUGGCCGUGAACCCCCGCGACCCGCCCACCUGGCAGCUCCUGGCCAACCACAGCAAGAGCGUGAGUGACUCGAUCAAGAAGUUGGUGUCUUCAAUCAGAGACAAAGCCCCAGGACAAAAAGACUGCGAUGCUGCUGUUGACAAAUUGAGUGCACGCAUCAGGGAUCUGGACCAGACAUCACUACUUGCAGUGUCGCAAAGCCUACCUGCUCGCAGGGAUAACACCUUACAAGGUUUCACUGAUCAAAUGGAGAGUUCAGUCAAUGAGAUUUCUGAAAAGCUGGAACCUUUGAGACAUGCUGCCAAAUAUGAAGCGGAAAAUAUUGGCCAUGCUGUGACUCAACUUGUUCACUACAUUGAGCCUCUGGUGGCUGGAGCCAUUGGUGCAGCGUCUGCCAUGGUUCACUCAAAACAACAAAUGCGGUUGCUUGAUCAAACUAAGACAACAGCUGAAUGUGCCUUGCAACUAGUUCACGCUUCCAAGGAGGGCGGUGGAAAUCCCAAAGCCCUGAACAUUCACCCUGAAAUUGAUGAGUCAGCUGAGGCUACUCGAGAUGCCUUGCAAGACCUUGCUGGCACUCUUGAACAGCUCUCCACUCAAGCAGGCAUUGUCACUGGCCUUCUGGACACUAUUACGCGGGCCAUGACCCGCGUGGCUGACAACCGCACUUCUGUAACAACCACAACAGAAACCUCUUUGAGUGAUAGUUUUGUUGACUAUCAGACCCGCAUGGUAUCAUGUGUCAAAGAGAUUGCUCGCAUUGCCCAAGAAAUGGUUUCAAAAUCUGGGAACGACCCUGCCCGUCUGGGUCAGCUUGCUGCUGAACUCACUCACCAAUAUUGCAAACUUGCAGCUGAUUCAACUGGGGCUGCCAUGUCAACAACAAAUGCGGAUGUCUCAUCACGUAUUAGAACAAGUGUUCAAGAGCUGGGAAGAUCCUGCUUGGAUUUAGUAGCUUCAGGAGGAGCAUGCCAAAUGGCACCAACUGGAGACACUUUUGCUCAACGUGAUGUAGCUGACAGUGCACGCCAUGUGUCAGAGAAGGUUUCUCAAGUACUUGCUGCCUUACAGGCAGGCUCUCGGGGAACUCAGGCUUGCAUCAAUGCUGCUUCUACUGUUUCUGGUAUCAUUGGUGAUUUGGACACCACAAUUAUGUUUGCAACUGCUGGUACCCUCAAUGCUGAAAGAGAAGAUGAUACUUUUGCCGACCAUCGUGAGAACAUUCUUAAGACAGCCAAGGCGCUUGUUGAGGAUACGAAAACAUUGGUUGCAGGUGCUGCUUCAUCACAAGAACAGCUUGCUGUUGCUGCACAGAAUGCAGUUUCCACUAUUGUACAGUUGGCCGAAGUUGUUAAAUUUGGCGCUGCCUCCUUAGGUUCAAAUAACCCAGAGGCUCAGGUUAUGCUGAUCAAUGCUGUUAAGGAUGUUGCAUCAGCAUUGGGAGAUUUGAUUCAUGCCACUAAAGCUGCAUCAGGAAAGAGCAUCAAUGAUCCAUCAAUGAAUCAUUUGAAAGAUUCAGCUAAGGUAAUGGUCACCAAUGUCACAUCCCUGCUUAAAACAGUUAAAGCAGUUGAAGAUGAACACACAAGAGGAACCCGUGCAUUGGAAUCAACCAUAGAGGCCAUAGCACAAGAAAUCAGGGCAUUGAACUCUUCUGAGCAAGUCAAAUCCCAUGCUACACCUGAGGACUUGGUUCGCUGCACCAAACCUAUCACUCUUGCUACUGGAAAAGCUGUUGCUGCUGGAAAUUCUUGCAAACAAGAAGAUAUUAUAAUUGCUGCAAAUGUUGGCCGCAAGGCAAUAUCUGACAUGCUCACUAUUUGCCGGGGCUGUGCAAACUCUGCCGAAACAGAAGAGUUACGAAUUCGUACACUUUCUGCUGGACAGGACACAGCUGCUCGUUAUCGUGAACUUUUGCAAGCUGUUCUGCAGUCUCUAAACAGACCUGGUUCUUCAGAGGCUAAGCAAGAAUUGCUGCCCAUAUCACGCCUGAUUGCCCAGUGUGUAACAAAUCUUGUCGCGAUGGCUGAGCUUCUGAAAGGUUCUGAUUGGGUUGAUCCAGAUGAUCCCACAGUUAUAGCUGAGAAUGAACUCCUAGGAGCAGCAGCCUCCAUUGAUGCAGCAGCAAAGAAAUUAGCAGCUCUAAGGCCACGCCGAUCAAUACAGGGUGUUCAGGAGGCAGAUGAAAGUAUGAACUUCGAUGAAAUGAUCCUGGAGGCUGCCAAAUCUAUUGCUGCUGCAACAUCUGCACUAGUCAAGGCAGCCUCAGCUGCUCAGCGUGAAUUGAUGGACCUCGGCAAAGUAAGCCGCAGGCCAUUGACGAGCUCUGAGGAUGGUCAGUGGUCUGAGGGCUUGAUAUCGGCGGCGCGUAUGGUGGCGGCAGCAACGCAUAGCUUGGUAGAAUCUGCCAAUGCCUUAGUUCAAGGCCUUGCGUCUGAAGAGAAACUCAUUUCAUCUGCCAAGCAAGUCGCAUCCUCAACUGCUCAGUUGCUGGUUGCUUGCAAGGUGAAAGCAGACCCUGAUGCAGAAAGCACAAAACGACUACAGGCUGCUGGUAAUGCUGUUAAGCGAGCAACUGAUAACCUUGUCAGGGCAGCUCAACAAGCAAUCCAAAAUGAGGAGGAACGCAGUUUGGUUCUGAAUAAACGAAUGGUUGGUGGCAUAGCACAGGAAAUUAAUGCCAGAUCCGAGGUAUUACGCAUUGAACGGCAGUUGGAGGAAGCUCGUGGUCGCCUCACUGCUAUCCGCAAGGCCCAGUACCAGAUGAAGGGCGGUGAUGCCAGUGCAUCAGAUGGUGAAACAGAUGGCUAUGGAAGUGGUUAUGAGUCCUUCACAACGAGGUAUGACGGUAGAGGGCCCGGGCCUGAUGGCCACGGCCCGGCGGGGGGACCCCAGCAGGGACCCCACGGCUCCCCCCACGGGGGCGCCCACGCUCCCCACGGGGCCCACGCUCCCCACGGGGCCCACGGGGCCGGUCGUGGCUACCAGGAGUACUCUGCGGUCAACGGCGACUCGCCCCAGCCCAGGGGUCCGGCGGCCACAAACAGCUUCGGUCACAGCUCUCCCGGCCUGAACGCGCACGCCGCCUACUCUAGUCCCAGCCCCGGCGGGGGCCCCGCGGCUGCCUCCGGCUUCUCCCCGUACUCGGCGCCGCAGCUGCAGCAGCAGCAGCAGCAGCCCCAGCAGCAGGCCUUCCCCACCCUGCGCAGCACCGCCUCCCCAGCGCUCAGCACCUUCUCCAGCCAGCAGUCCGUUGCUCCAGGCAGCCCCACCCACAGCAACCCGCCCAACUUCCAUGGCCACGGCCAGAGCAAUAACUACCUCUCCUCCGGCCAGCCCGGCACCGGCCCGACCCCGGGCCAAGGCCAGGGCGGCGGACAGCCGUACGGCGGCACCAGCACGUUCAAGGGCGCCUCUUCGGGCAGCACCUUCACGCCACUGGCCAGGCCGAGUGCGUUCACCUCGCAGGCGUUGUCAGGGCAGGGCCAGCCGCCCCCCGUGCCCCCGAGUCCACAGUUCUACUCGCUGUCGGCCAGCACGAGCCAGGCUGGCAAGUCGGAGGCGUCGUCCUCCCCCGCCCUGAGCCCGUGCGGGCCCGCCCCCUUCGGUAGCUCGCUGUACAAGACGUACUCGAGUAGCAGCACGAUGGAGACCUCCGGCGCACCGGGCCACAAGUAUGAUCUGCUGCCCCCACCACCCCCGCCGCCUCCACUCGACUACUCCGGAGCGUCGAGCAUGAGCACCAGCAACUUCUCCACCAUCUCGGAGAGCAACAUGGGUGACAGCAACAUGAGCUCCGCAUUGAGAGUGGCCGACGACGGUUCGCUGGUUGAGACCAAAUCCUUGGAGCAGCGGAUGCUGAAGCAGUCCAUGACGCAGCGCACGGUCGAGAAGCGGACGUUCACCACAUCGUCAUCUUCCAAAACAUAUCAGCUGGAAUAAGAACUAACAUGAUUUCCACUUCAUUGGCUACGUAACUAAAUGUAACAGCUGUUCCUUCUAAAUGUGGAUAAUUUUUGUUUCUGUCUGACUACUGUGUAGUGGAGGACUUAUCUCCUUCAUAUUCUGCGGGUCAGAGACUUUUAUGGAUGGAUAUGAUCAUCUCUAUCUCAGACACUCCACUUUCACCUCAUAUGUCUUCUGAAAUGGUGCUAAACACUGUGAUUGUUCUUAAACAUUCAUUGUGUAUCUUCGACUGAUACUCAUGAGGGUAAUUCCUACACCUGCAAACUAUUUGAUUCUGAGCUGUUCAAUUUAAUAACCGUUUUUCAAUUUGGUAUCUAUUGUUGCUAUAAACAAAUGUGUAGCUGAUAGUUACUUAAUGCUUACAAUGCAUAUAUGAAAGAGUCCUUUGAAAGUUACUCAACAAGACCGGAACUGACCAUGUCUAAAACAAGCUUUGAAUACCAAUAUUUUUAUUUAGAGCAUUUUUUAUUUUUGUAUAUGGAUUUUUAACUCCAAAUUCUCUUUAUUAUAGUUCUCUGUUUCUUUUGCUUUUACUCUCUUCUGCCUGAUUUUGUCUAUAGUUUUGGCUUUCUAUAGAUUUACUUUCGUCAUUAUCUCACACUUUUUCUCUAUCCUCUUCUCUGUUAUCUUUGUCUUAUUGUUCUAUACUUUUCUGUCUUCUGUCUCUUUCCCUCUUCUGUACUUGUUAUGUCUCUCUUUUUUCUCUCGUCUCUUCUGUUUCUUUUUUCUCUUCUUGUCUCUUUCUCUCAUCUCUUCUAUGUUUUUUCUCUCUUGUGUCUAUUUCUCUCUUUCCACACUUCUGUCUUUAAAUUCUUCUGUCUUUUUUCUAUUCCUGCUCAACUCGCCAAUUCUCUCUAACUCGUUUAUUCUCCUUGCACUCAUUCUAUAUCUCUCUGUCUACCUCUCUGUGUCUUUCUUUAUCAUCUCAAUCUGUCUCUAGCUCUCUCUUUCUUUCAAAUUCUCUCUGUCUCCUUUUCUCACUCUGUCUGUCUCCCUUUCUCACUCUCUCUGUCUCCCUUUCUCACUCUCUCUGUCUCUCUUUCUCACUCUCUCUGUCUCUCUUUCUCACUCUCUCUGUCUCUCUUUCUCACUCUCUCUGUCUCUCUUUCUCGCUCUCUCUUUCUCUCUUUCUUCUUCUCUCUCUCUCUCUCUUUCUUCUUCUCUCUCUCUCUCUUUCUUCUUCUCUCUCUCUCUCUCACUCUAUCUUUCUCACUCACUCUCUCUCUCUCUGUCUCUUCCACUUUUUAUUUAUCUUUGUUGUCUGCUUCUUGUGACUCAAUUUUUCCAUCUUUAAAAAUCUUUGUUUUUCUUGCCUCAUUUCUUGUUUCUUUUCUCGUGCUGGUCUUCUUCUUUUCUAUCUCUCCUUAUCUUUGAUCUCAUUUCCGAUUUCUGUUACCUGUUCCAUUUAAUUUUUUGAUUAUUUAUUCAUAUUAUGACUUCCAAAAGAAUCAAAUAGUAAAUAUGGUGUUCCGGUCUGAAGUCAGAACUCUGCGAGGUAAUUUUUUUUACUCUUAGUAACACUUUGGUGCUUCAAAUCCAAGAUAGUUGGCCUAUGUGGUGACUAAUUAUUAAAUAAUACUUGGCUGACCAAAUAAUCAUACCUCGAUAGAUUGAGUGCCCUUUGCCCAGAAAUCAAGUUGUGGGCUUUUAGACCUUAGUAUGCUGUGCACCUGUGCAAUUUUGGUUUCUCUGAUCAUUUUGUAGUACUUUAAUGUUAUUUUUUCUUUCCUUUUUGUGCCAACAACUUAAAGUUUAUGUAUGGUUCUUAUUCUUUUAUUUAUUGACAUAGCAGCUUGUUCAACUGCUCAUGAGUUGCCAUUCUUUUUGUGUCAAAGAAAUCAACAUAUCGUUUGUUUUAAUAGUUUUGUUAAUUUUAGUUUAUAACAUUGUUUUUGUUUUAAUUUCUGAUGAUGUAACACAUCUGCCAGGGGUUCACACUCAUUUUGUAACUAAUGGUAGACUUAGUGUGUGAUGUCUUCUUCGUUUCAUUUACUUUUCGUAUUUUUGUUUUGGCCUGUUUCUUUAAUGUAAUAUUUUUAACUGCCAGGCAAGCAGAUGCUGUGUUAGCCUGAAAACUAGAUGGCUAUACCUAGUCCUUUGCAUGUAGCACUUACCUCUUUGAGGUUGCUGCACUUGCACCCAUCAGUGAAAUCCAUCCUUUUGGGGGGUAAUACUCAAAAUUUCCUGUGUAUAACUAAUUAUAGCUCAGAGGGAAACUAAAUGUUGUGGUUUAAAAGUUAAUUGUUGGCAUAUUAGUGCGUGUCCAAAUUUUUAACCAAAUGUUGCCUUUAUAUUGUUAAAUGUCUCCGGUUUGACAUUGUACAAAAUUUAAAGUGAUGGAAAUUCGAUACAGGGUUUGAAGAAAGGUCAGAGGAUGUCAGUUCGUGAGUUUCUCUGUCCAAAAAUUUUAUAUUUGGCAACCUCUGCCUGACUGCCAUAUUUACAAUACGUAUAUUCUUGCACACAUUUUUAUUCUUGGGAUCUUAUUUGAUCUACUUUUUGAGGCAGAUGGUGUCUGGUUUGGGGUCCUUUGACGUCAUUUUUCUGUACAUAGCUCUGAAAUAUACUACCCCUUUCCAGACACCAUCAUCCUAGGGUAAUGUAACUUUUUAAAACUGUUAAUGAAGUGAGUUAGUUGUUUUGAAAAUACUUAACUGUUGUACUUGACUUAUAUUCAACUAAGAAUUUUCAAGAUUAAGUGUUCUUUUUUUAUUACAGAGUCUAUGAAUUGUAUACUUAUUGUAUUUCAUAACAAUUGUGCCUAUUCACAGAUUGCCUCGUAUUUUUGAACACUUGUUGCAAUGUGGUAGUGUCACUGGAGUCCUGGCUGUAAGGACAAAAGCCUGUCUUGCUUUAGAAGGUAUGACACUCAUGCAUUACCCUUGUACAUUUUUAAAUAAAAGUUUUUAAUUAAUCAGUCAUAA